AUGGCUGACUACAGCCAUCCGAGCACGACAACCACGACGCGUCAACGAAGAGCGAAUUCAAAUCUAGGAGGCGACCCCAGAGGCGACACCGGAGCCAAUGCCAUCGCAACCUCGCAACAUGCGCAACAAUCCUCAGCCACGGCUUCCCCGAAGUCGACCAAGGGCGGAAAGCGAAAGAAGGCCAAGAGCUUGUUCAACAGAUGGAAACGAAUCUCGCUGAAGCAUACUUGGCUAAAUCCAAUGAUACUCAUGCUGGGCAUAUUGGGCGCAUACUUUGUAAGGCCGGGCGAGAAUAACCCUCUGCAUCCUGCCAUCUUCCUUUCCUACCCGAACCCACCGAUGGAAGAGAGGACAAACACACUCCCAGCACACAUUGGCGAAGUGACACAGUAUGGCAAGGGCAAGCUGGAUUUUGCCUUCGUCGCCUUCUACAUGAUUGUCUUCUCCUUCACCAGGGAGUUUCUCAUGCAGAGGGUGAUUCGUCCAAUCGCGAUUUGGUACGGGAUCAAGGCGAAAGCAAAGCAGGCGCGCUUCAUGGAGCAGUCCUACACCGCCAUCUACUUCGCCGUCUUCGGACCACUCGGACUGUAUGUCAUGAGCAGAACUCCUGUCUGGUACUUCGACAUCCCGGGCAUGUACGAAGGAUUCCCUCAUCGAUCUCAUGAGGCAGUGUUCAAAGCAUACUAUCUGCUCCAAGCUUCGUACUGGGCGCAACAAGGAUUGGUCUUGAUGCUGCAGCUUGAGAAGCCACGGAAAGACUUUAAGGAGCUUGUCUUGCACCACAUCGUCACCCUGACGUUAAUCGGUCUAAGUUACCGAUUCCACUUCACCUACAUGGGAAUCGCUGUGUACAUUACACACGACAUCUCUGAUUUCUUCCUGGCUGUGAGUGCAAGCCUCGCUUCCAUUGGAAUCAAAGCUAAUGCAUUGCCAGACGUCCAAGAUUCUAAACUACAUCGACUCGAAGUUUACGGUUCCAUACUUCGUGGUGUUCAUGUGUGUCUGGGCAUACCUCCGGCAUUACAUAAAUCUGAGGAUCAUCUCAUCUCUGCUGCCGGGCGGACAGUUCCGAACCGUAGGGCCUUACGAAGUGAACUGGGAGACCCAACAGUACAAGUGCUUGCUCGCGCAGGUCAUCACGUUCCCUUUGUUGGCAAUGCUUCAGGCCGUCAACCUCUUCUGGUUCUUCCUGAUCCUGAGAAUUCUGUACCGAUUUGUGCGCACGGGUGAAGAGAAGGACGAACGUAGCGAGGAUGAGGAGGAGGUAGAGACUAUUGAUGAGACCAAGACGAAUGGACACUCUGAGAAGCCGGAGGUCAUGCUGAACGGCAAGCCUUUGGCCGCGACUGCUGUCGAAGGAUCUGGGAGCGCGAGAAAGCGAUAG